AAUUUCUAAAUUUGGAUUUUAGGUGCUAACUUGAGAGAGGAGAACUAUCAAGUGGGAACUACAUUUGUCAUUGACCAAUUUGCAUCUUAUUUUCAGCAACUUAUCUAGUUGAAUCACCUUUGACCACCUUUAUGGAUCUUUUCAACUAAUCCUACGAACCCUUUAUUUUAUUCUGACUUCGAAAAUCUCAUCACUGCAUUCUCAUUUAAUCUCCAAAAUAACUUUGAGGUAAUUUUUUGACCACCCCAAAGAAUGGUAUGCUUUCUAUAUGAUCCACAAUCACUUUUCCAACUAUAUUAAAUUGAUUUUAAAGCUAUAAAUAUUUGACUUCAUAUUUUCUUGCUUUCAGGCCUGAGCUCUUUUCUGUUUUAGCUCAACAGCCUCAACCAUCAGAUGUUCUUACUUCACACAAAAUCUUUAUGAUUCUUUUCCGAACAUUAAAGGAGUUAUCCACCAAACCUCUUGCAUCAGAUCAAAAGAAUUUUGUUGAGGUAAAUCAAUUGUGGAAAAGAAAAGUUAACAACUUCAUAUAACCAUUUAACAUGUAAUCUUACAUUAAUUUUGUUUUAGCAGAUAACAUUCUAGUUUUUUUAGUACAGCUGGCAUCUGUGGCAAACUGAUAUGAAGACCAUACUAAAUGGCUUCUCUUCUCUUACUCAAAUCACAAACUCAAAUGCUUCUGAAAAUUAUCAAGAUCAACUUUAUUUAACAUGUGAAAGAUGGUUUAUGUGCUCAAAGAUAAUCCGUCCGUUGAUAGUUUCAGGGUUUCCAAGCGAUGAAAAAUCUUUACAGGAGGUUCAGCCAGUCAAGGAGGUCUGUCCUUUGCUGUUAAAAGCAAUCCAAUCUCUCCUUCCAUACUAUUCAUCUUUUGGGGAACACCAUUUGAAACUUUUUGAAUUUAUAAAAAGGGCUUGGAAGAAAGUGAUGAAGAUUUUAACUGCAAUUCAGACAAGGCAUCCGUAUUCUUUUGGUGACCAAAAUGUCCUCCCCCUAGUCAUGGAUUUCUGCUUAAAUAAAAUAACAGAUUCUAAACCAGAGAUAAUGUCAUUUGAUCAGUUUCUUAUUCAAUUCAUGUCAAUGGCAAAAAUUGUUCUUGAAUGCAAAGAAUACAAACCAAUCAUGACCGGAUGUGUGGUAAAUGAGAAAGUAAUAACCCUUGAGCGAAGAAAGAAAAACAUUUCUGGAGCUGUUGCAGGAGAUAGAAUUGGAGAAGGAAUGGAAUGGUUCAAUUACUCCAUUCCAUUGGAAUGA